UUUACCAAAAAAGAAGGUAGCACGCAUCAGAGUCGGGUGAUAGAAAUUUGAAGAUUAAUGUCCAUAAACAACUAUAAAUUUAGCAUUCUUGCGUUCCAAAUUAUAACAAAUACAACACAAAUUUAGAAUGCCUCAAUCAGAAACCUCUUUAACAUUUGUAGUCCGGAGACAUGUACCGGAACUGAUUGCUCCGGCAGUAUCCACUCCUCGAGAACUGAAGCCUCUCUCAGACAUUGAUGAUAAGGAAGGGAUGCGUCAUCAAGUAUCGUCGAUUCACAUGUAUGAAAGGGAUCCGAAAAUGGGACAUAUAAAUCCGGCGACUAUUAUCAGGGAUGCGUUGACGAAGGUGCUUGUGUUCUAUUACCCAUUUGCUGGCCGCCUAAAAGAAGGUCCGACAAGGAAGCUAAUGGUAGACUGCACCGGUGAAGGUGUGUUGUUUAUUGAGGCGGAGGCAGAUGUUACUUUGAAGCAGUUUGGGGAGGCUCUUCAUCCGCCAUUCCCUUGUUUAGAAGAGCUCCUUUAUGAUGUUCCUGGCUCUAGUGGCAUCAUUGACUCGCCAUUGCUACUGAUUCAGGUAACACGUCUAUUAUGUGGAGGUUUUAUCAUUGCUUCACGAUUCAACCACACCAUGUGCGAUGGAGAAGGAUUCCUGCAGUUCUUCACAGCAUUGGGUGAAAUGGCACAGGGUGAAUCUAUCCCGUCAACGUUUCCUGUGUGGCAAAGGGAGUUACUUUCUGCAAGGAAUCCACCACGAGUCACAUUUACUCAUCAUGAAUACGAAAAACCAAAAAAAACCAAGGGCAACGUCUUGACCAUGCAUGACAUGGAUACAAAAUCAUUUUUCUUCGGGUCUACCGAGUUGUCAUCCAUUCGUGGGUUUGUUCCAGAAAACCUAAAAAACAUCUCAACCUUUGAGAUGAUAGCAGCUACUAUUUGGCGUUGUCGUACUAUCGCUUUACAGCCUGAUCCUGAAGCGGAGAUGCGUUUCAUGUUCCCUGUUAAUGCACGAACCAAGUUCAACCCUGCUCUUCCUGUUGGAUAUUAUGGGAAUUGCUUCGUCCUAGCAUGUGCAAUUUCAACAGCCAAAGAUCUUUCCCAUAAGCCCUUAUGCUAUGCAUUAGAGCUUGUGAUGAAGGCCAAAGCUCUUGUUUCUGAAGAAUAUGUGAGAUCAAUGAUCGACCUAAUGGAUUUGAGAGGACGACCUAUGGUUAAUCUUGAUCAUGCCUACAUGAUGUCUGGCGUAAGUAAGUCUAAAUUCGACGAUAUAGAUUUUGGGUGGGGGAAAGCAUCCUAUAGAGGGAUUGCCAAAGAAGGACUUGAUUUCUUACCAGGGGUCUUUAAUUACUAUAUACCUUUCAAAAACAACAAAGAUGAAUCUGAAAUUAUGGUUCCUAUAAGCUUACCAAGCGCAGCAAUGGAUAUAUUUGUUAAAGAUCUUAAUGACAUUUUGAUGUCGAAUAAUGAUAAGAAAACUCUUAAAAAACACAAGUUACUCGUUCCUGCUGGUUGCUCUUCUAAACUUUAACAUCCAUGCUUUGAUUACUCGAGUGACUUCGAAAAUUAUGUAUAAUUCAUGUAGUUGUGUGACCAUAUAUCUUGCUAUUGUAUCGUCUUUUGUAUUAUAAAUUAAACAAUAAUG